CUGGCGCGAAAGCGAGUAUAUACUGCCUCUGUGCGUCUCGCGCUCUCUCUGCUCCAAGAACACCGAUCGCGCGCGCAGCGCCAAACUAGAGAGCGCGAGACCUGGCAGCGGAGAGACCUCGGGGAGGGAGAAAGGGAGUGUGCUGGUGUAUGAAGAGAAGAGAGAGAGAAAGAGAACGAGAGCGAGAGGUUGGGAAAACACUACCACCUCUAUCCAUCAGCCGAGCAUCCUGCGGGAAGUCACUUCGAGCGCGCUAGCGGUCGGUGCGGCAUUUCUGUCCGUCCGAGCAAAUGGAUCAUUAAACGGCACAGGAUGUGACUGAGGAGCACACAUAAUAAACACUAAACUAUUAUUACCCGCGGCUCCAAUCACGCUGGUUUUUCCUUUAGUAUUUUAUUCUUUCACUUGCUGUUUUGUUUUCUCUUUUCACCAUUAAUGCGCGGAUUUUUCGGCGAACACUUUCGAAGUGAUGUCAGGAGAAAAUGUAGCUGAAUGAAUGAAAAGUUACAAUAUUUUUUCAUGGAUGGGGUCUAAUCUAAUGUCAAGCUGGUUGUGAAGGUGUUCGAUCUGGUCCCCUCGACCCCAGCCGGAGUCCCCAUGGCUGCUGGAGUGGCAGCCUGGCUCCCCUUCGCUCGGGCGGCGGCCAUAGGAUGGAUGCCCGUGGCCAACCUGCCCAUGCCCGUCGCACCGACCAAUAAGAACAAGCAUCAGGACGAGCUUAUUAUCCUUAACGUCAGCGGCCGACGCUUCCAGACCUGGCGCAACACGCUAGACCGCUACCCUGACACACUCCUGGGAAGCUCCGAGAAAGAGUUCUUCUUCAAUGAGGAAACUAGGGAGUAUUUCUUUGACCGAGAUCCGGAUGUGUUCAGAAGUAUUCUUAACUUCUACCGCACAGGGAAGCUGCACUACCCACGCUACGAGUGCAUCUCUGCCUACGAUGAGGAGCUGGCGUUCUUUGGGAUCAUUCCUGAGAUCAUCAGUGACUGCUGUUAUGAAGAGUACAAAGACCGCAAGAGGGAGAACACAGAGCGUCUUAUGGACGACCUUGAGGACAACAAAGACAGCAAACUCCCCAAUAUGACUUUCCGCGAAACCAUGUGGAGGGCCUUCGAGAACCCGCACACUAGUACCAUGGCGCUGGUUUUCUACUACGUGACCGGAUUCUUCAUCGCCAUAUCUGUCAUCACCAACGUGGUUGAGACGGUUCCUUGCGGUUCUACGCCGAACCAGAGAGACAUCCCUUGCGGGGAGCGCUACACCGAGGCGUUUUUCUGCAUGGACACGGCUUGCGUAAUGAUCUUUACCGUGGAGUAUCUGAUGCGACUGUUUGCGGCGCCCAGCAGGUACCGCUUCAUGAGAAGCGUGAUGAGCAUUAUCGAUGUGGUGGCCAUCUUGCCUUAUUACAUCGGGCUCGUCAUGACCAACAAUGAGGACGUAAGCGGAGCCUUCGUCACGCUACGGGUGUUCCGCGUCUUCCGGAUCUUUAAAUUCUCCCGCCACUCCCAGGGUCUCCGGAUCCUCGGCUACACGCUGAAGAGCUGCGCGUCCGAGCUCGGCUUCCUCCUCUUCUCCCUCACCAUGGCCAUCAUCAUCUUUGCCACAGUCAUGUUCUAUGCUGAGAAAGGCUCCUCGUCCAGCAAGUUCACCAGCAUCCCGGCCUCCUUCUGGUACACCAUUGUAACCAUGACAACGCUGGGGUAUGGAGACAUGGUCCCUAAGACCAUAGCAGGAAAGAUCUUUGGCUCCAUCUGUUCUCUCAGUGGGGUGCUGGUCAUCGCUCUGCCUGUUCCCGUUAUCGUUUCCAACUUCAGCCGCAUUUACCAUCAGAACCAGAGAGCUGACAAGCGUCGGGCUCAGAAAGUUCAGAAAGCCCGACUGGCCCGAAUGAGAAUUUCCAAGAGCGGCAGCUCUACCGCCUUCCUGCAUAGCAAACGAAAUGGACUCAACCAAUCACUGGAGCUAACGCAGCUCCCCUAUUACAAGAUGAAACUUUCACCACAGGGCUCCUUAGAGGAGGACCAGCAGAUGAAGAAGACCACAUCUCUGCUGGAGAGUCAACAUCACCAUCUUCUGCACUGCCUGGAGAAGACCACGAAUCAUGAGUUUGUGGACGAGCGGCUUUAUGAGCAGGGGUACCUGCAGACAGCGCUACAGAACUUCCCAUCGCGGAGUCCAUCUCUCUCCAGUGAAGAGGGCAUCACCGGCACCUGCUGCUCUCGGAGAACCAAGAAGAACAUGCAGCCUCUCAGUGCCACACACACACACUCACACACGCACAACCUACAGGAGCUCAGCGCAUUACACAUCCAGUGUGGGGAACAGCAACCACUAAACACCAGUCGUUCCAGUCUCAAUCUGAUGUCGGAUGAAUCAGGGAGUCUGAACUGCAAGAGCAGUGGACUGGUUACCACGGCAAUCAUCAGUAUCCCAACCCCUCCCUCAAACAACUCUCGAGCCAGUCCCGACGCUCCGCCCCCUCCCAACCCAGACGCUCCGCCUCUUCCAAACCCUGGCACCGAUGUGGUGAAAAUCUCUGCUCUGUAGGAGAAAACAGAACUCAGGAAGAGAAACUGAUGAGUAGCCUGCCCCCUAGUGGGAGAAGUAGUGCGCUGGCUCAGACUCUCUGAAAGAAAUCUCUGAAAGAAGAUCAACAACGAUGCAUCUGUGUAAAAUGAGAGAGAAGGCGAACGCAACAGCAGGACGAUCAUGAGUAUUCGAUCACUCUCCAUCAGGACUGAUAUAGAUGAGGGUGUCAUUGCAGUGUCACUGUGCAUAGAACAUUUCUAAUUCUUUUUCCCUUAGUUUUCUGUUGGGUCAUACUGUUUUUGUUUUUUGACUAGCGAUGGAGGAAAAAGAUCAAGGGUUUGUUUUCAUCCAUGAGUCUUGUUUGUUUUAUAUCAGUCCGUUAAUCUGUUCCAACAUCGCAGACAGCCUCUCAAAGCCUCGGCUUUCUUUAUCCCAAUUAAGUUGUAUUUUGAACUAGAAUAAUUCCUAAAGGAUAAGAGAAAAUCUGCUUUAGGUCUGAGGGAGACCGUAUGAGUGUGACAGUGUUUCUUAGACUGUGCUAAGUGUUUAUUUUUGGAAUAUGUGUGAUUGGUCAAAAUUAGGUCUCACUUGAAUGUUUCUGCCCCGCGUGUGUGUGUGCGCGUGUGUAAGAAUUACUGAAUCGUCCCUCAAACUCUCAGCCUCUCACACAGUUCGUGCCUCUCAGGGGGAGGAGAGUUUCCUUCUUCUUUAAGCCACUGUCUCUCCCUGAGUCCGAAACGUUGAGCCGACUUUGUAACGUUAGUUGUGACCUAUCAGACAUUACUAUGUAAUAUAGAACCAAAAAAAAAGAAAAAAAAUGAGAGCGAGAGAGAGAGAAAGAAACAUAAAGUGUUUUUAAAACUCUGUGACUACAAGCACAAGGCGUCGCUGAGAUUUUGUGAUUACAAUGUGUAUCAAGCCUUGGUUUAACUGUGAAUAUUGUUGAUAGAAUAUUUUGUAAUAUUUAGCCAUUGUUUGGCAAAACCAGAGCAGCUGCCUACCCCGCCCCCUUUUCGUCCGCCCCGCCCUUUUAUGUCUCCCCCGCCCCUUUCCUCCGUCCACUGCUGGCCUGCUUCCUGUAGUUGUUCUGAUCUAAGUGUUAUUGUCAUUAUCGCUCAAUGGGUAUUUAAAAAUGUGUCUAGUUUGCGUAAAACUACAUGGGUAGGAAACUUUUGAUGUUUGUGUUUUUUCAUCAACGGUGAAUGUUUUUGUUAAACUAGAUUUCCAGUCAUACGUUGCUGUUAGAGGAGAAACUGUCAACCGUACGAAUCAAUUAGAGAUAAUUCUCCAAGUCCCUCCUUUUCUGUCUCUGUCCUUAUUUGUCAGCCAUGUUCACGAGGACGGCGUUGCCAAUGAGAGAAUUUGUGCUCGUUAGUAGAAAGUCCCUGUUUCGUCUGUGUUGUUUGAAAUUCACUGUCCUCAAAACUGCCAGCAAUCAGCUGCAUGCUCCACCUUUUGUACCAUAAUCCCCAUCCCAGGACUCUAAA